CCGUCGCCGCCUCCGCCUCCUCCUCCUUUUCCUCCCCCCUUCCUCCUCCUCUUUCUCCGGCCUGGCCCGGCCCGACGCUCUUCACUCCGACUGGAGGGCCCGCUUCUCUCGGGAGCCCCCACCCAGGCGCAUGGCUCCAUGAAGCGGGAGGAGGAGGCGGCACAGCGCGAGAAGUCCCGGCUGCUUCAGGGACGGGAAAAAAGGUACAGAAAGCAGGAAUGGAACUGGAAAAAGGAAAAUUCAUUGCAGAUUCAAAAUAGGUCCCCCCCUCUGCUGUAACUGCCCCUCUGGCCAUAUACAUUUUCUGAUUUCAGGUUCUGCAGCAUUCCAGACCUCAAGCACUGAAUCAGGAUGGGAAAAAGACGCUGUGUUCCUCCACUAGAGCCCAAGUUGGCAGCAGGCUGUUGUGGGGUAAAGAAGCCCAAAUUAUCAGGAAGUGGAACACACAGUCACGGGAACCAGUCAACAACUGUACCUGGCUCUAGUUCAGGUCCUCUUCAGAACCACCAGCAUGUGGAUGGGAGCAAUGGAAGGGAGAAUGUGUCUGACUUAACUCUGGGGCCUGGAAAUUCCCCAAUUACUCGAAUGAAUCCCACUUCGGGAGCUCUGAGCCCACUUUCCCGGCCCAAUGGAACUGCCAAUACCACCAAGAAUCUGGUGGUGACAGCGGAAAUGUGCUGCUACUGCUUUGAUGUCCUCUAUUGUCACCUCUAUGGCUUCCCCCAGCCACGACUUCCUAGAUUCACCAAUGACCCCUACCCACUCUUUGUGACAUGGAAGACGGGGAGAGACAAACGGCUUCGUGGCUGCAUUGGAACCUUCUCAGCCAUGAAUCUUCAUUCAGGACUCAGGGAAUACACAUUAACCAGUGCACUUAAGGACAGCCGAUUUCCCCCCCUGACCCGCGAGGAGCUGCCUAAACUUUUCUGCUCUGUCUCCCUCCUUACUAACUUUGAAGAUGCCAGUGAUUACCUGGACUGGGAGGUAGGGGUACAUGGGAUUCGAAUUGAGUUCAUUAAUGAAAAAGGUGUUAAAAGGACAGCCACAUAUUUACCUGAGGUCGCUAAGGAACAAGACUGGGAUCAGAUCCAGACGAUAGACUCCUUGCUCAGGAAAGGCGGCUUUAAGGCUCCAAUUACCAAUGAAUUUAGAAAAACAAUUAAACUCACCAGGUACCGCAGCGAGAAAGUGACAAUCAGUUAUGCAGAGUAUAUUGCUUCUCGUCAACCUUGUUUCCAGAAUGGCACUCUUCAUGCCCCGCCCCUCUACAAUCAUUACUCCUGACACGCGGCUGCAUGACCAGUCCCAUCCCCCCGUGGCCGCCAGUGGCUACGACAUCAUUGGAGCAGACGCCUCCUCUUCCUGGUCCAGUUACUUCUAUUACUGCACCAUUUUAUGAUGCUAGCUUCCGUUGCCGAGUCUGCCUUCCAGCUGACGGGGGGGAUUGCACUGAGCGAGACAGAACUUCAGGGGCCCAAGCCUUAUCUCAGCCAUUCCUCAAAAUGGGGUUCAGUUGGAUUGGGGCUCCUCCACGACUAGGAAUUACUGUGUGAGGUGCAGAAGACCCUUAGGCAUGCAAGCGCCACUUCAAAUUGCUGUAUUGUGUCAGCCACACACUGGAAGCUGGAAUUGUUGAUUUAUGAAAGCCCCCCCUCCCCCAACCUUCUUCCCUCUUCUCUCCUUCCCACUUCCCUUUACCUACCCCAGAUCAAGUAGGAGCGUUCCCCUGGCAGUCUGGGCAACGGAGUCCGACAAGAAACAUUUUUAGGUUAUUUUAAAUUCAUUUUUUUAAAUCUCUGGUUUGGUGUGUACCAAGAGUUGAUUGCAGCUCCCAGGCACCACAGGUGGACAUCAUGUUAGGGUUAAAUUGUUGGGCACCAUGAGUCCUUUCAGGCUCCUGUACAGAGACCAUUCAAACAUCUGAAAGCCCUUUGGAUGGUACAUUACAGAUCUCACCAUUGCUAAAUAAACCCUGAACGUUUUAACUCUCA